AUGGCUCCUAGAUUGAACAACAAGAAUACCAUUGUUGUUGCAGCUGUUCUAGUGCUGGAGAUGUGGGCUUGCUACGAGGCCAGGGGCUUAGACGGCGGCGACGAGGAGAUGGUGAAAAGAUACGAACAUUGGAUAGUUGAAUAUGGACGUGUGUAUGCAAAUCAGACAGAAAAGAUAAAACGAUUCAGUAUAUUCAAAGACAAUGCGGAGUAUAUCGACUCUUUUAAUCAGGCCGGAAACCAGACUUUCACCUUAGGAAUCAAUCAGUUCGCGGAUUUAACUAAUGACGAAUUUCAAUCAAGAAUGACACGCUUGAUGCCGGGCAAUUCCUGGCCUCCCGAGAAAACUCCAUUUAUGUACGAGAACGUGAGCGCUGGCCCCGAAGUGGACUGGGUGAAAAAGGGCGCUGUUACAGCCGUCAAGAAUCAAGCUAAUUGUGGAUGCUAUUGGGCAUUUGCUGCAGUGGCGGCAAUGGAGGGGAUCACCCAAAUAUCCACCAAAAAACUAACUCCUUUGUCGGAACAACAACUAGUGGACUGCGACAAAGCCAGCAAGGGCUGCGACGGAGGGUCAAUGAAUGCCGCAUUCAAAUACGUCGCCGGCAACAAAGGCAUAGCCACCGAGGCCAAUUACCCAUACACGGCAAAGAAAGCAGCCUGCGACGCGAAAAAGGCAUCCGUAGCCGCAGCUAAGAUCGGCGGGUUCCAAUCCGUCCCGCCCAAGAGCGAGGCGGGCCUCAUGAAAGCCGUGGCGAAUCAGCCCGUAUCCGUGGCCAUCGACGGCAGCGCAAAGGAGUUUCAGUUCUAUAAAAGUGGGGUUUUUAGCACGGGGUGUACGACCAAACUUAACCACGGCGUGGCGGCGGUUGGGUACGGUGAAUUGCAGGGGAAAAAGUUUUGGUUGAUAAAGAACUCGUGGGGAGCGAGUUGGGGAGAAAAGGGAUAUGCGAAGUUGGAAAAGGAUGUUGCGGCUAAGGAAGGACUUUGUGGCAUUGCCUUAGGAGCUUCUUACCCAACUGCAGGAAAAUAA